AAAGUGCGUAGUAGCUAAGAGCUCUCCUAAAACCCAGACGUCAGACUAGCGACAGCGGCUACAAUAUAAUAUCGAUGCAAACUUCAGAAUCUGACAAACAAAUUGCCUCUCUAAAAUCUUCAAUCACUUUCUACAUGUUCUCUGAGUGAAUCAUGGCAUCAGCUCUUUUAGCCAGGUCCCUUGCGAGUCACCGCUUGAUUUACUCACUUUCUCAUCCGCAUAAACCUCAAAUUUUCAACUCUCUCCUCAAUAAUAAGAGACUAUUUCAUUCCCGGCCUGGUUCCACCUAUACAGCCUAUAGGACAUCUGGUUUAGUUUGUCCUGUUAUGGCUUCUGCAGGAGUGGGAAGAAAAUCUGAUUUCUCAACAUUAUCUAUACCCGUCAAUGAACCUGUUGUUUCAGUUGACUGGCUCCAUGCUAACCUUAGGGAGCCUGAUAUAAAGGUAUUGGAUGCCUCCUGGUACAUGCCAGAUGAGCAGAGGAAUCCGAUCCAAGAAUAUCAGGAAGAUUGA